UACUUACUCCCUAAAGUUCUAAACCAGGGGUCACUACCACAGAUCCAGGAUAUAACACAGCUUUCCACUGUUUCUACGCCAAACUUUUUUAGUUUUGUAUCAUUACGCUAGACAUUCUUCCUAUAGAAGGCCAGAAGGGAAACAUUAUAGACCCUACAAGAUUAUAACAGCAAACAUGUCGAAAGGAAACUGGGAAGAACUCGCCGCCAAGAAGCGCCAGGAGCUGGCGAACUCUAUACCCCAAGAAUGGCGCAUCCCGAGCCAUCUCCUCCCGCCCGCCGACCAGGACGACGUCACCGGCUUCCCCGAGGCCUCGGGAUGGUUCACGGCCGACGAGCUGGCUAUCACGAACCAGACAGCUGUGCAACUACUGCCGAAGCUCGCAUCCGGGGAGCUAACGUCCGAAGCCGUCACGCGUGCUUUCUGCAAACGCGCCGCUGCGGCGCACCAGCUGAUCAACUGUCUUUCCGAGACGUGUUUCGACCGAGCUCUCGAGACGGCGAAGAAGCUGGACGAGCACUUGGCGCAGACGGGCAAACCAAUCGGGCCUCUGCACGGCCUACCCGUCUCGCUCAAGGAUAACUUCAACCUAACAGGCCUAGACGCAACCGUCGGCUUCGCAUCGCACGUCGGCGACCCGGCGGCAUACGACGCCGUGCUAGCGGACCUCCUGCGCGAGGCCGGCGCCGUCUUCUACGUCAAGACGAACGUGCCCACGGCCAUGAUGAUCGCCGAGUCCGUCAACAACGUCUUCGGCCGCACCGUCAACCCGCGAAACCGCAAGCUAACGAGCGGCGGCAGCUCCGGCGGCGAGAGCGCGCUCAUCGUCUUCAAGGGGAGCCCGCUGGGCGUCGGAACCGACAUAGGCGGUUCGCUGCGCAUCCCCGCCGCCUGCGCGGGCAUCUUCACGCUGCGGCCCAGUUUCGGCCGGUUCCCGACGCUGCGCUGCCGCUCCGGCAUGCCGGGGCAGGAGGCCGUGCAGUCCGUCAACGGGCCCUUGACGCGCACCCUCGCCGACCUCGAGCUCUACUCCAAGACCGUCGUCGAUGCCGAGCCCUGGCGCGUCGACCCGCGAUGUCUGCCCAUCCCCUGGCGAGCCGUAUCGCUGCCGCAGAAGCUGAAAAUCGGCGUCAUGUGGCACGACGGCACGGUAGUGCCCACGCCGCCCGUGACGCGAGCGCUGCGACACGCGGUGGCGAAGCUCGAGGCAGCCGGGCACGAGAUGGUGGAGUGGUCGCCCGAGGACCAGGCACAAGGCACCGAACUGCUAAUCCGCAUGUUUUUGGCGGAUGGUGGUAAAGCGAUCAAGCGGGAACUAGAGAGGACGGGGGAGCCGCUACGACCCGAAAUGGAGAUGUACGCCAAUGCGCGGGAGCUAGGCGGGCUCGAGUACUGGGAUCUGCACCUCGAGCGUCAACAGUUUCAGAAGAGGUACCUUGAUCGGUGGUUGAGCGCAGGUAUCGAUGCGAUCCUAUGUCCCACGACGCCGUAUAGCACUGUUGAGAACGGCAAAGUCAGAUAUGUUGGCUACACUGGCGUCUACAACGUGCUAGACUAUUCCUGCAUCUCCUUUCCUACGAGCGUGACCGUCGACAAGGCUGUGGAUGUUGUGUUAGGCGAUACAUACAAACCCCUUUCGGAUUUAGACAAGGUUACCCAGGCCGAAUAUAAUCCCGAAGCAGUGCAUGGAAUGCCCGUAAGCUUGCAGCUGGUAGCGCAGAGGUUAGAGGAAGAGAGGUGUGUAGAGAUGUGCAAGGUCGUACUAGACGUGUUAUCAUAGACAUUAGAUCCGGCCCAGGGGCACCUCUAUCUAGAUCAAAGCCAGCAUAGCAAAGAGAAAAUAAACUAAUAUCGUUUGUCCAAGAGGCAACUAACAAAUUUAUGCCUGUUGAUCGAUUCCACAGUGGUAAUAGAUAUAGACGCCUAGAUAAACAAGGAUAUCUGAAACCAUAAUAUGCACAUGUUUACAGAUAAAAGAGACCAGUAAAUAUCCGUUGAUUCUGGUCAUGAUAUCCGACAAACUCCGAUAGACACCAGUAGAGUUUCCUCGCUAACCCAUGGUCAAGACAAACUUUUGUGAACCAUAAUCCCAGGUUCGACAUGGAAGAAUAUAAAUAGUAUAGUAUAACACAUAA